AUGACUCUCUUGCACAUGCGCUUGUAUCUUCCUGGCUUGGUCUUCUGGGUUUUACAGAAAUCGAGCUCCUUUGGGCUACCUAAUACUACUGAACUCCUCUACCCAUCCAGCAGCACUGAGGUAGGCCUCCUAUCUAGCCUUGGAGGACCUAGGACUCGCGGAAAACGCUAUAUUUCUCCCAGGGAUAUGAGUGCGAUUUUGGACUACCACAACCAAGUGAGGUCCCAGGUAUCUCCACCAGCUGCCAACAUGGAAUUUAUGAUAUGGGAUGAGAAGCUAGCCCGAUCUGCGGCAACAUGGGCAAAACAGUGUGUUUGGGACCAUGGGCCUCCACAUCUGAUGAGGUAUAUGGGUCAGAACUUGGCCAUUCACUCUGGCAGGUACCGUUCUGUUGUCGACCUUGUGAAAUCUUGGUAUUACGAGAAGCAACAUUAUUCUUUUCCUUAUCCCCAUGAAUGCAAGCCCAGCUGUCCUUCCAAAUGCAGUGGUUCGGUCUGCAGCCAUUAUACACAGAUGGUAUGGGCUUCUUCCAACAGAAUUGGCUGUGCCAUCCACACCUGCACCAACAUGAAUGUGUGGGGCAGCACCUGGCGGCGAGCAAUCUACUUAGUGUGCAACUAUGCCAUUAAGGGAAACUGGGUAGGAGAAGCACCUUACAAAAUGGGGAGACCCUGUUCAGCCUGCCCACCAAGUUAUGGAAGCACCUGCAGCAAUAACAUGUGUUACUCUGGAUUCAAAUCCAACAAGGUGAGCUGGUUUUGA